AAAGAAUAAAAAUAUCUCAAGAAAAAAAGGGAGCAAGUGUCUAGCUGUUACAAUCAGUAAGGUGCUACUUCAAGUUAACUUAACAUUGGCCUAUUAUAUUUUUUUUGUAUAUAAAAACUAAAAAAAGUGUUCCAAAUCCAUUCAACAAAACUAACCCUUAAAAUAUAAAAUCAUCUUUUUCACCUACAAAUAAACAUUUCUACAGCAUAAGAGUUGUGAAUUGAAACAAAAACACCCUAGACAAAAUUAACAUAAAACAUCAUUACUAUAGCAAUUUAUUAUUACUUACAUAUACAAUAUGGCUAAGUCACCCCAAAUAAUCCACAAUAAUAUUACAAGCAACACUACAAUUUGGUCAACAUGGGGGAUUAGAAGCAGCUUCCAAGUUCUUACGGUGAUCCUCUUUGCUCUAGUCAUAUGUGCCCUAUACUUCUCCCAAGACCAUGGCUCGGGCUCAUCGAUGUCACCUUCAUCAUCGCCAUCGUUGGAGAUCCAUAGUGUUGUUAGGGAUACUAUGGAGGAAAUACAAAUGAUGCCAAGGUGUGAUUAUUUUUCGGGGAAAUGGGUGUAUGAUAAUGAAACAUAUCCUUUAUAUAAGGAAAAAGAGUGUAGUUUUAUGUCUGAUCAAUUGGCUUGUGAGAAGUUUGGACGUAAAGAUUUGAGUUAUCAGUAUUGGAGAUGGCAACCUUACCAUUGUGACCUUCCAAGGUUCAAUGCCACAGCAUUGUUGGAGAAGCUAAGGAACAAAAGGCUUGUGUACGUGGGAGAUUCCUUGAAUAGAGGGCAAUGGAUCUCUAUGAUUUGUUUGGUGGAUUCCUCAAUUCCUUCUUCCCUCAAAUCCAUGCAAACUAAUGGCUCCUUAUCAAUCUUCAAAGCCAUUGAAUACAAUGCGACAAUAGAGUUCUAUUGGGCUCCGAUGUUGAUCGAGUCAAAUUCGGAUGAUCCAGUAAAACAUCGGGUGCCCGAGAGAAUAGUGAGAACACAAGCAAUUGAGAAGCAUGCUAGACAUUGGACCAACGCUGACUUUCUUGUUUUUGACUCUUAUUUGUGGUGGAAAAGGCCCUUCAUGAAAGUAUUGUGGGGAAGUUUUGAAAGUUCAGACGGAAUAUAUAAGGAGAUAGAAAUGCUAAAGGGUUAUGAAAUGGCUCUUAGGACUUGGUCAGAUUGGUUGGAAAUCCAUGUUAACCAUUCCAAAACUCAGGUUUUUUGGAUGAGCAUGUCUCCCACCCAUGAAAGGAGUGAAGAUUGGGGUGGAGUAAGGGGGUUAAAUUGUUACAAUGAAACUCAAGCAAUACAGAAGAAAGAUUUUUGGGGAAGUGGAUCAGACCCGAAUAUGAUGAGACUAGUGGAAGCAGAGAUUGAGAAUUUGAACGAAAAGGGGUUAAACAUCCAAAUACUCAACAUAACUCAACUCUCGGAGUAUAGGAAAGAGGGUCACCCAUCAAUUCAUAGAAAGCAAUGGGAGCCUCUAACAGACGAACAAUUAUCGAACCCUGGUGGAUAUGCUGAUUGUAUACAUUGGUGUCUUCCCGGUGUACCAGACACUUGGAAUGAAAUCCUCUACACUUACAUUUAUAGUUCCUUAUGACAUAUGGUAUAUAUUUCCUCUUUGUGUUUGAAGGGCUACAGUCAUAGUAUAAUUUGCUUGCAUAGAAUGAUUUGAAAUUACCUUUGUGAUUAUGUUGUGGAUUUUGCAACGCCCAAAGGGCCUAAACAAUGCAAAAGCAGAGUAUAAGAUUUUGCAAUGGCCAAAGGGCCUAAACAUGCAAAACCAGUGUAUAAGAUUGUAUGGAAAACAAAUUGACAUUUAAAUGUUAACUUCUCCUUUGAUGGAGAGAUUGUUUCUA